UAAUGAUUUAUUCACGCUGGUUGGUUUUGGAGAAAAGGAAAAUGGCGAGACAAGUAAUAAUAAACAAUAUGCAUAUAUGUAUGGACUUAAAUCAGAUGAGUGUCAAAAGACUCAUAGCAAUAUCACAUCGAAACAAUUUUGUGCGUAUAACGAAAAUGGCCAGAGACCGUGCCACGGAGAUGAAGGCGGUCCCCUAUUAGGACAAGAUUUAACAGACCUUGAACAUCCAUUCCUUUACUUGGCUGGCAUUGUAUCAAUCGUAAAUCAGAACUGUAACACAUUGAAUAUACCAAGCGUUUAUACUAAAGUCGAUCAACACUUGAACUGGAUGCUGAGCAAAAUGUCCAAAUAAAAAUGUACCUUUGGACUAUACCAGUUUUUUUCUAUUUUGACUUAAUAAAGCAAACAAAACACGUA